CUGCUUCUAAAUAAUCGUAUUGUAAAAAGAAUGAAGGACUCACUGACAUCUCCCACAAUCCGGUCUGGAAAUGUCCUGGCUCUCCUCAACACCUUGUACACAUCAGGCUUUGGGAUGGCCACACCCAGUGUUCCCAUACUUCCAGGAAGAACAAUGCACACCCUCUAUGCUGUUUCAUUCUUGGUGUUUUUUGGAAAUACGUGUACGGACUGGAUGCAUGUAUGGGCCACUCUUCAGGGCCAUGUCACUUCCUUCCCAGUAGAGCCGUGGUUGGCAAUCGUCCUCGUUGUUAUCGCCGUGUUUGAUUCCAUGCUGACAUGGCUUUUGAUAGUGUUAUGUAUAGAAAAUGCUUUCGCCCAUCGUUUGGAUAUAACUCCAUAUCGAAGUGGUUUGGCAUUGAUAGUAGAGAAUUUUAUCGAAUGGAUUCAAGCUUUCAAUAACUUUCGUGUUGUCUUCCUCGUUAUGAUUCUUCAUGAUGCUCCAAUAACAAUUGCUAACUUCUUCUUCCUCGCACCGUGUAGGUGUGCUGGACCAACGGUUGCUCCUUGGACUUUAUUCCUCUCCUCUUCUAUGACACUUGUAUCUUUGAUUUGGAGGCUCACAAUGCUUCAUUUUGCUUACAGACGAAUGCUAUGCCCCUUGAGGAAAUCAGCGUCAGUCGCUCUUCAUCGUAUGCCUACACCAGCUGAACAUUUAUCGAUGGCAAUUGACACCAGUAAUGAUGCGAGAAUCAGUGAAUUCGAUGAAUGUUGGCCUGUACGAUGGGGUAGAUUACAUAUUUAUGGUCCUGAUGAAUCAGACGAAGACGAUCUCUACACAAGAUGCUGUGGAACAUCCAAGUUUUUUAUCAGGACUGAUCAUCUACCUUCUAUCCUCACUCUACCUGUCAUCUCUCACUGUGCUACAUUCGCUUUAAUGAUUGCCUAUACUGUAUAUAGGAUAGUUCAACUCAUAUUAUGUUUUUUUAUGUCAGUGUUGGGAUAUAUCUUCUUGAUUAUAAGUUGUUGUGCUCCCUACUGCUAUCACUAUACAUGCAGGAGAAAUAGUUUCUUUCAUCGUCACAAGUGCGCUCGUUCCUUUAUACGAUAUAUCUCGUACAUUUUCCAUUAUUGUAUCUUCAUAGUCUCAUUAUUGAUUUCUUUCGGACUAAUUUUCUUGAAUGGUGCUCUUCUCUCGUCAGUACAUGUGCUUGGAUCUAACUCUUUACCUCCUGAAAUAGACAGAAUCUGUGUUACGAUUGUUCCUUCUAACUAUAGCGUUCACGUGACUGUCAGACCGGACCCGCUGUUCAAAUCCGAGUCUAUUCAAGAACUGAUCAAUAAAAACUUCCUCGUGAAUGAUGAGAACUCAACUACUUUCUGUAAACCAUUGUAUGAAGACGGAGGAUUGGGCAUUGGUCUCAAACGUAGAGCGGCUGGACCUUGGCAAGCUCGUCGAACUGUCCACGAUCAGUUAUUGGCUAUCACAACACAGGUGCUUCUGGUUAACCCAGGUCCCGAAGAUGGUUACCUGGAACUUCUUUUCGAUUUUGCUGUACUUGAACAGAAAACAGGUUAUGAAACCCCUCUCUGUUUGCGGGGGAAUAAAACUGAAUGGGUAUUAACAAUUACUGAGAAUCCUCUACCAUUCCCCUAUUUCGCCGGUUGUCGUAAAAAAUGGAUUUUCAACAAAGCUAACUUGAUCGAAUGUUUGGGAGAAGAGGAUACUACUCAGACACCUCCAAGACCUCCUGAUGGUUGGAGAAGACCUUCGUGGCUGAAGCUACGGAAGCCAAGAACGACAACGACAUCUAUUUAUGAUCAAUUCUAA